ACGUCACUGUCGUUCGUCCAGAUCAUCCAGAUCUUCUGUUGUGUUUCAUUUUAAUUAUACUGCAGCUAUAACUUAAAAACAACGAACAAAGACCACCAGUAAUUGUAAUCCAGGAGUUGCUCUGAAAAUUGUGUUCAUUUCGUAAUCAAGUGAUUCGUUCUCUAACAACUUGUGAUAAUUUCUGACUCAAUGAAUUUUGGAGUCAGAUAAUUGACAAACAGGUUUGAAUGAUUGAAUGAGAGAAGGGAUAAUUAGCUGAUGGACAUGCCUCAUCAACGCACACCCCAGAAACUCCCAGUAUUUGUUUUUCCACCUAACAUAACAUUUUAUUCAGACGAUCAAUCAACACAUAAACGAGUCCUGACGUUGUACAAUCCGUAUGAGUUUCCUGUAAAAUUCAAAGUACUGAGUACUGCUCCCAAUAAAUAUAAAGUGGGUGACCCAGAGGGAACGAUAAAACCAAAAAAUUGCAUAGAUAUUGUGAUAAGACACACAUCUCUGCUCCCAGUAAACUACAAUGUAGUUGAUAAAUUCAGGAUCCAGAUGCAAGAGCACCCGACCAAACAGGUGAUAGGGAAGAGAGAUAUUGAGGCGAGAUUAUUGACAGGCACUAGUGAAACAGCCGGUCGAGGAACACCUGAUCUCGAUUCGUUCCAGCAAAUCCCAGACACGGGAGACAGGCAGCAGAGGUCAUACACUCUGUCCCCGCAAUCUAGAGGAAUUGACAGAGAAACAAAUUUCGUAGCCCUUAUUGCUGGUAUAAUUUGUAUAAUUGGAUUACUCCUACCCACAGAGGGUGACAGAAGUCAGCUAUUGCCUGAGUAUCUUACCCUAUCUGUGAACUUCAAGCUCAUUUUCUCUUUCGUAUUAGGGAUGGUAACGAUUAUAGUCUUGAGGUUGUGAUGAGAGGUUGUAUUAAUUAAUAAGCUCCACGAUUGGGUCCUUACUAUCGUGAAAAACGCACAAGUAAGAGAAUCGCAAUUCAAAAGAAUAAUCAUGCCGAGAAGAGAUCCCCAAGGCUGAAGUUGAAUUUCUCUUCGUACUAUCCAAAUAACGUCUUUUUAUGUACUUCAUACUAGUCCUCUCUCGAGUCCAGACUGCUUACACGAUUCACGUCGUUAUUUCCAGGCGAUUAAUCAAUUGACAUUUAAUACAGAUAUUUUUUUAUUGAAGGGA